AUGACGAAGAAGCUUACAUGCAUUCUUUGCAAGAUCAAAGCUGACGAGCAAAUCAUAUCACGCGCUAAAAGCCAGAUCAACAUAGCAAUUCUCCUAUCGACACUCAAAGUUUACGCAUCAAACUCAUACCAAUCCGUCGAGAAGGAUUUUGCUGCAAUCAGCGUGAAGAGACACUGCAUAUGCAUCCGUCAUUACAUAGACGCCGCGCGAUAUCUCCUACAAGAAAUCUUGGCAAGUGGCGGGAGGUUGUCUACUACGAUGGAAAACGUAUGCUAUCUGAACGAGGGCGACAUCCCUAAACACAUCCCAGCACAUCUGAAUGACGCCAUAAAAACUUUCUCAGGCGAUGUCACGGUAACGAUCUCCAAUCUUAACCGUUAUCUAAACGUCUAUGUUGGAAAAUACUACGACCAGAAUGACGGCUGGCACAUGCCUGAACCAUGCCAAUCCCUGUUUCUUCAGGAGGUAGAAAAGGAAACAACAUCUGCCGAAGAAGUAGGUUGUUCAAUGGACGUUGAAAUGAUGAUAGAAGCUGGACAGGGUGGAUCAAAAACCCCUACCAAAUCUGUCGCAGUAUCCCCGUCCAGAACAGUUUUCACCACGCCGUCAGUAAAGCACGCCGAGUCAGGAUCGUCGGGCAGAACCACGACUGGCUCCUGUUUCACUCCCGGAAAAGUGCCUGAAUCCGACAGUGAAGCACGCCUUGAACUAGAAGAAACUGACCCGGCCCUGCUCGACAAAUACUUUGUUGUCCAAGGCAGAAAGCUCUUGGAGCUUUUCAACCUUAGCAGCAGCGAAGGUGAAGCUGGAAAUGUAUGUCUGAAGAUACACCACUCUGGCGCCAUACCACUGAUUGAGUAUGUGACCAAAGGGCCAAAUCCACAGAUAAGAACAUGGGAAGGCCAAGGAAAGCUAGGAGAAGGCCCAAAAGAAAAGCUCUUCAGUGGAACCAGCUUAGCCUGCGCCGCGGCGAUAACAACAGGGGCCCGCUGGACUAAGGUGAACCAUUGGGCAAAAGAAAUGAACCUGCUCUUGCCCAGCCGCACGGCCUUCUACAAGUUUUCCAAAAGAAUUAGGCCGGCAAUUGAGACAGUCUAUGACCGAUACGAAGCCCGGACUAUUCUAGAAAUAAAGAGCACAUACGAGAACCAACGGCUCGAAGGAUGGAAUAUCGCGAUUGACGGCGCUUACGAUAGCAGAGGACACAGUGCGGACUUUUGUAAAGUCCUUGCUGUAGAUUUGCAAACGGGACUCUGCGUGCAUACCGAAGUCGUCUACCGUAAAGAAACAGGUGGCAAGAGCGGGCUUAUGGAAAAGGUCGGAUUCCACCGCAUUCUGCGGUGGUUCAGGUCGAUGAACAUUCCACUUCAUCCGAUCUCAACCGACCGGAGCUAUGCGCUCAAAACAGAGGUCGACUCGUACAACGCAGAGUACGAUGCUCACAUCAAGUGGCACGUCGACCCUUGGCAUUUAUCCAAGUAUCUGGACAAAAAUUUGCGAGCUGUUGAAAAACGGAAAGAUUGCGAAGCAAUCCAUGAGUGGAAGGACCAUAUAAAGGCCCACUUAUACCACUCCAUACGACGUGGUGCACAAACAAACAGCGGUGAGAUGAUGAAGUUUCACUUCAACACUUGCCUGUACCACGUCGCAGGCAUACACCAAUGGAGACAGAACGAGCAAACGGGCUGUAUAACCCAAUGCAUCCACGAGGACCUUCCAGACGAACGCGGAAAGGCCAUAGUUGCGUGGGGGAGCCCGGCCCACGAAAGGCUAAAGGAGGUUAUCCUCCAACAGCAAUUUCAGAAAGACAUCAAACUGGCUAGUCCCUAUGGUGGGACCAGCCAGUGCGAGUCUAAAAACUCGCUGGACAGAAUCUAUGGUCCAAAAGAGAUAUACCUGCCCGCCUCCACCUACUCGAUAUUUGCAAAACUGGCGACAUUGCAUAAAAACGCCCUUCGGAGAGCGGAACUGAGUGGGGAGCGAGUAGUAGAGAGGGUUACGAAAGCUCGCCGAAAAUUCAGUGAAAGGGAAAGUAAAAUUGAACGGAAGACUCCCAUCCAACACCUCUGGCGCAAAGAAAUUUGGAUAGAAUUCCUGACAAACUACAUACAACGACCUGCUGAUGAGGAGCAAACCACUGAUGAGGAGCUAUCCACCGAUGAGGAGCAAUUCACAGAUGAGGAGCAACCCGCUGAUGAGGAGCAGAUGGAGCAUGAGGAGAUAGAAUAG